CCUGUUGAUGCUCCACACAGGCAGGAGGAGGCCCAGCACAUUGAUGAGGAGCUCUUCAGUGAGUACGGCUUCAGCGUGGACCAGCUGAUGGAGCUGGCUGGACUCAGCUGUGCCACGGCCAUCGCCAGGGCUUAUCCAAUCACCUCCCUGGUCAAGGCCAUACCUUCUCUGCUGGUGAUUUGUGGGCCUGGUAACAACGGAGGCGACGGUCUGGUCUGUGCACGACAUCUUAAACUCUUUGGUUACGAGCCCACCGUCCUGUACCCGAAGAGGCCAAACAAGCCUCUGUUCCAGGGCCUGACCACGCAGUGCCAGAAAAUGGAGAUCCCCUUCCUGACUGAGAUGCCUGAGGCUGCAGUGAUCGACGAGGCUUACAACCUGGUGAUAGACGCCAUCUUCGGCUUCAGCUUCAAGGGGGCGGUGCGAGAGCCUUUUGGUUCCAUCCUGGACGUGCUGAAGAAGACGACCGCCCCCGUCGCCAGCAUCGACAUCCCCUCAGGUUGGGAUGUGGAGCAGGGCAGCGCAGAUGGACUGCAGCCCGACAUGCUCAUCUCUCUCACUGCUCCCAAGAAGUCUGCCAGCUUGUUCAGGGGACGGUACCACUUCCUGGGAGGCCGGUUUGUGCCACCGGGCCUGGAGAGGAAGUACCAGCUCAACCUGCCUCAGUACCCGGGCCUGGAUUGUGUGUUACAACUGUAGGGGACGAUGCACUGAGGGGUCAAUGGGAGGAAGAGUGUCGUCUAUAAACACUGUGGGGGAAAUAAUUCUCAUCCACUUUUUUCGAUCGAUACCGCUCUGGCGGCUAUCGCAUAGCUUAGCAUAAAGACUGGAAACGGGUGUAAAUGGCUAGCCUGGCUCUGGAAGCGUACCAGAACUUCUAAAGCUCACAAGUUAACACGUAGCUUGUUUGCUUUUAUUUAUAUGCAAACAGAAAUGUAAAAAUGACUGUUUGUAGUUGCACAUGUUCCUUCAUGAUUUCCACUAACUGCAGCUCUGUAGUAAACGCACUGACAUGAGAGUGGUAUCAGUCUAUCAGUCUAACCUUUGGAAAUAAAUCAAAUAAAUGUUGGGAAUUUGAUCGGUUCAUAUUGAGUGUAUGGUGAGCUUUAUGAACUCUCUGGAGAAUUGUUUUGUUCAAAGCACAAAGCUUUAACGCGGUGGUUGCUUCAGCUACAUGAUAUUAAAAACAAACAAAAAGGUGAUUGGCGGUUGUCUGCGUUAUUAUUUCUGUAACAGAAGCCGUCCAUUUCAACCCUCUGAAGAAAAAAAGACUUCUGCAUCACGUGUACUUUUUUCAGUUUUUAUUAGUACAUCGUAAGAUUCCAUUGAAUGUACAACUAGCAACUGGAAACUAUCGUAGUCCAUCACAUUCUGUUUAUAUUUUAUUAAAUUUCCAUACAUGUUG